AUGCAAUCAACAAUGAAGUUAUUCUGUAUUUUCCUGGUUGUUAUCUUCACUGUGUCGUAAGGUCCUUAGGCUCCUCAGAUGAAAACAACAGAAGGUGCAGAAAGAACACUGAAGCGAUAUUUGGUCCAAGGUUCAUGCAAGUCUGAUUGUAACCCUCGGGAGUUGUGUAAUUACUGUGACACUAAGCACUGAUGUGUGGUGUGUGAAUACCAAAAGCCAAGAGUGGGAGCCUUGACUGCUCCCAAGGCUGCAUCUUAA